AUGGCAGAAAUGGCUAAAGAUAAAAGGAAUGGCUAUGUUGACAUAAGUAACGACACUAGUGACGUUAUGUGGAUGAAAAUGGCCCUGAUGGCAGCCAGUCGUGCUGAAGUAACGAAGCAUGCUGAGGGAAAGCCCAGCGUUGGCUGUGUAAUUCGUCGCUCAAAAGACCGUGGAGCUCCAGCAGUGCUAGCAGUUGGCUGGAAUGGGUUCCUGCCAGGUUUAACUGAACAGCAACUUGAAAGACUCAAAGCAGAACGCUCCAAAGAAAAGCAGCUGACUGGAGAUCUCGCUCUUCAUGCUGAGGCAAACGCCCUACAGUACUGCUCUGAAGACCCUUUGAUGGCCACCGUUUACGUCACUCACGUGCCUUGUACAGCCUGUACAAAACAACUUAUUGUACGAAGA